AUGUCAUUGUCAUUGUCAAAAAUGUCAGUCUCAGUCAGUUCAAUUAAAAAAUGGCGACUGGACCUAAACCAGCUACAACCCCUUUGGAAUUAUUGUCGGGGCCUCUCCCCGAACAACCGCUCCUUUCUAAAUACUAUUUGCCCAUUGCUGGUGGUCUCAUGGGAUUCAUCGCAGUAGUUGGUGCUAAUUACAUUACUCGACGACCGAUGUUCAGCGGUAUCCAAAGGCACGUAGCAGGAGCCGCAGCUAUGGCAGGAAUUACAUACAUAGUUGAUAAUUACCGGAAUGACUAUUAUGCCGAGAAAGAUGCCGUUUUAAGACACUAUAUACAACUUCAUCCUGAAGACUUUCCUCCUUUCGAUAGAAAACAGUACAAAGAUGUCUUAGAACCAUGGACACCAAUUCGUAAUAAUUAGUCACUGUAAAUAAAUUAGUAGGUAUAUGUUAUACUAAAUUGUUUUUUUGGUUUUAAAAUUUUCAUUCAUAUUACAUCAUUAUUGUGUUAUUUAUAAUAAAGGUACGUAUUAAAACGUG